UUCCAAUAGCAGUGCUAGCCAACUGAUACAUGUGCAUUUGGUGUCUGACAAGUGAAGAGUAAAGAUCAUUGUUACAAAAUCUGAAGAAUCAUAUAAGACACUACACGUAGCUCCAGAAUUCAUGCAUAAAAUAUUUACCUUGGUAAAAAAAAAUACUACGAAAUUACAUAACAUUUGAGCAAGCACUUAUUAUAGUAGCAGUGACAGCCAACUGAUACAUGUGCAUUUAGAGUCUGACAAGAGAAGAGUGAAGAUCUUUGUUACAAACGUAGCAUUCAAAGGCUGCAAGGGGAACAAAAGUCCUUAUUUAAAAUGGUUAUUAUUUCAAUCAACAUGAUCGUCGCCUUACUACUAACAUGUCUCUGUCUUGCGCUCUUAUAUCAUUAUAUUAUACAUCGUGGAAGAGACGAACAACUUAUUGAUCGUAUACCAGGACCAGUGACACUUCCAAUUUUAGGCAAUAUACAAACUUGGACCGCCACGCCAGAAAAAUUGUGGUAUAAACUACGCGAAUGGAUUAGCACAUAUUAUCCAAUUUUCAAAAUACGGAUUUUCACACUGCACUCAGUUUUCAUUUGCAAUCCAGACGACAUGCAGAAAAUUCUAAACACCACUAAGCAUAAUAAGAAAGGUUAUAGUUACAAUAUUAUGAAACCCUGGUUAGGCGAAGGUCUUGUCACUAGCACAGGAAUGAAGUGGCAACAAAGGCGGAAGAUAUUAACGCCCGCAUUUCAUUUUUCUAUAUUAAAACAAUUCGUUGAGAUCUUGAUUGAGGAGGGCAAUCGCGCAGCGAAAUCAUUCAAGAAUAACAUCCAGGAUCGUGUAAGAAAAGAAAUUUCUAACGUGAUGCAGGAAAAUGAUGGAAAGCUUACUAUGAAGGCAUUACAGAGUAUGCCAUACUUGGAGAUGUGUUUGAAAGAGUCGAUGAGAAUGUAUCCUAGUGUUCCUCUUAUAUCGCGUGAAUGUUCCGAAGAUGUAAAGUUACAUUCAUAUUUGGUGCCAAAAGGCACAACGCUACAUCUCCUUAUCUAUGAUCUUCAUCAUGAUCCUAAGAUUUGGCCGGAUCCGGAGGUAUUUAAUCCAGACAGAUUUUUACUAGAGAAUAUAAGGAAUCGUCAUCAUUAUUCCUAUUUACCAUUCAGCGCGGGACCACGAAAUUGCAUUGGUCAACGAUUCGCUCUGUUGGAGUUAAAAGCUCUGAUAGCUCCUCUGGUGUACAAUUUCUACUUAGAGCCCAUUGAUUAUUUGAAGGAUAUCCGACUGAAGCUGGAUUUUGUACUGCGUGCUGUACGUCCGAUUCGCAUGAAAGUCAUUCCGAUCAAACGUGCAUAAUAAUUUAAUGUAAAUACUGAUUGGGAAGAAAUAAUCGAUCUGAUUCUAAUUAUAUAUUAAAUAAUAUCUGAGAAACUGUUAACGUCAUUAGAUGCGUCGCAGUGGGUCGUGAGUGCGAACGUUAUUU